UCGUAGCGUCGAUACGAGUCUACGAAGGCUGUACGCGGUUUUACGUCAAAAACGCCGGUUUUAAUAUAAACAUACAUAUUAUAUUAUUAAUAAUUAAUAGAAUUGCAAUACCAUUUUAUGUAUAGCAUAUAAAAUAUUAUAUAUAUAUGGUAUAAAUUGCCGAAGAAUAGUGAUAAUUUUAUUGUGGUAUUUGUGAUUUGUGGUUACAAUAACGGUUUACGUUUAUUAAACCGUAUAUAUUGAAGAUGCGAUGCAGCCAAAGUGAAAGUGUAAAGGUUGUUACGAAUGUGUUGGGACGUAAGGAGAGAAAUAUAAACCAAUAAUGUGGAAAUGUGCCCGUGAACACGAAUCGGAAUAUGGAGAUGUAUAAGAAAUUAUUCUGGGCCGUGCUCCAAGGUUUCGUGCUGUUACCAACCAUCGCUACGAGAGAUUCCCAUGUGACGAAUCGUAAACUGGUGGACGUGCCGCAGUUCGAGCGUCCAAUUGGCAAUCACACCUUUCACAUCGGCCGAGAAGCAGUCCUCGGCUGUUCCGUGAUCAAUUUGGGGAAACACAAAGUGGGGUGGCUUCGAGCUGAAGAUCAAACAGUACUAUCAUUGCACGAGAGAGUUGUCCUCGGUCCUCGGUACUCAGUCAGCUUGGAUACCCCCAGUACGUGGCAGCUACGAAUUCGACCCCUGAAGGCUGAAGACCGGGGUUGCUAUAUGUGUCAAAUUAAUACUCAACCAAGCAUGAAGUGGCAGAUUGGUUGUAUAGAUGUAUAUGUUCCUCCUGAUAUAAUAAAUGAAGAGACAUCAGCGGACGUGUCAGCCCACGAGAUGGAUAACAUAACGCUGAUAUGUAAGGCGACAGGACAUCCACCUCCAAAAAUAACGUGGAAGAGAGAAGACCACGAAUUAAUGCUGUUGAAGAAAGUGGGAGCAAGGGACUUUUAUAAAGUGGAGAGUUACGUGGGCAGCUCGCUCCCGCUGUGGCGCGUGGACCGACGGCAGAUGGGCGCCUUCCUCUGCAUCGCGUCCAACGAUGUGCCGCCAGCAGUCAGCAAGCGGAUCACACUUAAUGUUAACUUUCCCCCAACAGUGAUAGUACCUAAUCAGCUCCUGGGCGCUCCUUUGGGUACCGAUGUGGUGCUGGAGUGUACUGUGGAGGCAUACCCCAAUACCAUCAACUACUGGCUCAAGAAUAGGGGAGAGAUGCUUCUUGAUGGGCCAAAAUAUAUCAUAUACGAGGAGAGGUCAUCAUACAAAGUGGUGAUGAAGCUGACCAUUUGUCAGUUCGUUAAGAGUGAUAUAGGCACAUACAACUGUGUGAGUACAAACUCGCUUGGGAAAGGCGAGGGAACACUAAGACUUUAUGAAAUAAAGCUGUAUCCCAGCUUACAAUCCGCUGCAGAAGUAAAUGUGGGCGGUCUAACGGAAGGUGCUGUUAAACAAAAAACAGCUCAUAGUGAUUCAAAUAAAAACAAUGCGAGGACUAUCACUGUGUUAUUUAUUAUAAAUGUUAUUUUUGUGUUAAAUUAACAUAUCAGUGAAAACGCGUGUAAAUAUUCAUAUGAUUUUAAAUUAAAAUGUACAAUUUUAAUAUAUAAUUUUAUUGUCUCCAUCCAAUGUAAUUAAUGAUAAUGUAUUCCGGUUUCAUUCUUAUAUAUUCGUUGUAAUUUAUUAUUAAUUAUUUCUUUUUACAUUUUAUUUCUGCAGUUCCAAGUUUAAAUUUACUAUAUAAUUUGGAAUACUUAUAACAUUAGUUCUAGCUGUUAUUUUUUUAAUCUAAAUAUAACUAGUUUUUAUAAUUUGGGUUAUGGAUUCAAAGUAAUUUACUCUGUAUAAAAUACCAAUACCUUCCCGUAUCCCUCAGAAUUAUAAAAUACUAUAAUCAUCAUAAGUAAAUAUCUAAUAAUUUCACCCUUGAAUUUCAAAUUAAUGAAAUGUGAACUCAAAUUUAAAAGAAUAAUAAUACUCCCUAACUUUAAAAAAAAAAAAGAAAAAUGUACGUAAAUAGUCAAUUUUAGAAUAAUCAUAAACGCAAUAGAGAGUUUAAACUGCUUUUGUAAAUAUAUGUUACUUUGUUAUCAUAGGUCUCUUUAAUUCCUUGUUGCUUUACUACUCCAAUUUAUAAAAGUAAGAGAGGGUUUCUUAUGCAAGUUAUAAUGAUAAACACGGUUCAUCUGAUAAAAAGUGGUAAAUAGAUUGUCAUUGCCGAUAUAAGUUAAAAAGUUAACAAAAAAAAAAGAUAAAAAUUUUACUUCUUUUAAAUUAAACAUCUUUUAAAUUAAUUUAAAAAAAAAAGAAGAGAACCUGAAUUCGGUUAUAUAUAUUUUUUAUGUUUAUUAUCUCAUAAUAUCAGUUAUGUAAAUCGAUUUGGAAUUUUUUUAUUUAUCUAAAGAAUAGAAAUUUUAUCAGAAUCGUUGCAAGAGUUUAGUUUUUAAAUAAAAAUUACUGGUUUUGGCACAAUUGAAGUCGUUUUUUUUUCGGAACACCAUCUUAAUAGGCAAAGCAUUUCUAUGAUGACAAUAUGUGCUUUGCUUCUCACUCUAUGUAUAAAUAUUAUAUUAUCUGAUAUGAUCAGAAACUUUGAUGAACCUACAUUUCAGUCGAUUUUUUUGUAACAUAAUCUGGCACUUUUGUUUAUAGAUGUUAUACACAUUAGAAUACUUGUUUAAUUUUUCAUAUUGGUAUAUGAAAUAAUUAGUCCUAUUUACGAAACUCGCUUUUUAUUUAUAUUUUGUUUAUGUUUUAAUAAUUUUAUUAUUCCAAUAAUCAAGUAAGACUGUAUUGAAAUUAUUACUAUUACUAUUAAAUAGGUAUUUCAUGAGAUUGCUCAACAAUGUAAAUAGUAAUAUUUAUUAUGUAGUAUUUAAUAAUAAUGCUGGAUUAUAUUAUAAAAAAUAUUAUAAUAAGUGAUUAAUAUAAAUAUAUAUUAUUAAUUAGUGUACUUUAAUUCGGUUCUUUUAUUUUUAUUAUCUCAUUAUUGUAAAGUAUUUGCAUUAUGAAUUCCAAAUUGUAAUUUACAGAAAUCAUUAAAUUGCUUUCCCGUUUUUAUACUUUAAAUAUUAUUAUAUCAGUGAAUUAUAUAAUAAGCACACUCUACAUAAAUAAUUGCAUA